AUGGGCUGCAUCGGCUCCCGGACCGUGGGGAAUGAGGUGAUCGCUGUGGAUUGGAAAGACGUAGACCAGAUCCCCAUGGACAGUACCAGCUCGCUACAGGGGAGCAGCCUCCACCGACCCUCCACUGAACAAACCCGGACAGAAUUCUCCUGGGACGCCAUCAAUCUCUCCAUGGAGGACACCACUUCUAUCCUCCCGAAGCUCAAACGAAAUUCCAAUGCCUAUGGCAUCGGGGCCUUGGCCAAGUCUUCCUUCUCAGGGAUCUCGAGAAGCAUGAAGGACCACGUGACAAAGCCCACAGCCAUGGGGCAGGGCCGGGUGGCGCACAUGAUCGAGUGGCAGGGCUGGGGGAAGGCCCCAGCCCUCCAACCUCAACACAGCCACGAGGCGGUACGUAGGGACACCGAUGCCUAUUCCGACCUCAGUGAUGGCGAGAAGGAGGCGCGCUUCCUAGCAGGGGUCAUGGAACAGUUCGCCAUUUCUGAGGCCACGCUUAUGGCCUGGUCUUCUAUGGACGGUGAAGACAUAAGUGUCAAUUCUACCCAGGAACCACUGGGCUGCGACUACAGCGACAACUACCAGGAGUUAAUGGAGAGCCAGGAUGCCCUGACUCAGGCCCCCAUGGACGGCUGGCCUCACUCCUACGUAUCCCAGGGCAUGUACUGUCUGGGCUCUUCGGACGCCUGGGAAGCUAGUGACCAGUCCCUCAUGGCUUCUCCAGCCACAGGCUCCUACCUCGGCCCCGCCUUCAAUGACUCGCAGCCCAGCUUGCACGAGAUGGGGCCCCCUCACCCCACCUUGGGCUGCCCUACCCAGGAGCCACCCCCGUUCCUGGGAGUGGACACUGACUGGGCUCCUGGCAGAGGUGUCGUCGAGCUGGCCCCGGUCCCUGUGGAGGAAGAACAGCAGCAGGAGACUGAGGAGAAGAGGCCGUUGGCCCUGGAGGAAGAGGAGGAUGCAGGAUGCCGGGACCUGGAGUCGCUGUCCCCAAGGGAGGACCCUGAGGUGUCCACUGCCCUCAGCCGGAAGGUGUCUGAUGUCACUUCCUCAGGGGUGCAGUCCUUCGACGAGGAAGAGGGCGAGGCCAACAACUAG